CCUGAGAAAGUUCACUUCCGUUCUGAAGAGCAAGCUACUGACUCUUUAGGUAGGACUACCACCUCUCGCACAGGAAGCACUUCCCAGUCACCCAGUGGUAUGGCAGCGACCAGCGAGUGGCCGUGCUCCCGCUGUACGUUCCUGAACCCGGCUGCGCUGCGGCAGUGCUCCAUCUGCGAGGCCCCAAGGGAGAGGCCGGACUUCAACCACAUCCUGCGGCUCAGCACAGAGGAGCAGCAAUGGGGCUGCCCACGAUGCACCUUCAGGAACUCACCUGCCAAAAGUCAGUGCGAUGUGUGUGGCUUCUCUCAGGCGCUCACCCCUGUCACUCCCCCGGCGCUCGCUGCUGCCAAUGGCAAUGCCAAGAGUCCAGGGGCACCAGCGGAGCCUCGAAGCACCGUUGUGGCACAGGAUUGCAGGAGGCCGGCGAGUGGAGAUGUUAACGGUAACUGCUGCGAGAAUGGGUUACCAAGCACCUGCAAAGCGUGGGCGUGCCAGCGCUGCACGCUUCACAACACCCCUUCCGCUAACUCCUGCUCGGCCUGUGGGGGACCUCGCAAGCUCUCACUGCCCAAGAUCCCUCCUGAAGCUCUGGUGGUCCCUGAAGUCCUGACCCCGGCAGGAUUCCAGCUUCCCUCAGGCCCAUUGCCAGCAAACCCCCAGCUUGGGAACCUGAUAGACCUGACUGAGAGUGAGCCGCCGUCAAGCCAGGAAACCCCAAAGGAAGCAGAGAGCCCCAAGUCUCCCAUGGUCAGCCCACUUUCACCGAUGAUCCAGAACAACCCUGUGCCGCGGAGCCGCAGGGAGGUGCCACCCGGCAAGUUCCAGUCGCCUGCUCCCGACACACCGGCCCCAACCGGUGGCUUAGUCAAUACGUCUACCUCCCCCACCUCCGCCCCGACUCCAGCCCCAAGAAGUUCCCCCCUGGGACCAGCGAAACCUGCCACCAAACUCCAGGAACUCUUUUGUACCAAGAGACUCAGUGUUUUAGAUGAGGAAAUGGAGUUGGCCCCCAGUCAGUGGAAGUGCACCUCCUGCUUGCUCCUGAACUCUGCCUCGGCUUCGAAAUGUGAAGCGUGCAGGACAUUGCGGGGCAGCGACAUCAUCGACGUGAGCGGAGAGACAGUCAGGUUCACGCCUUUCAACCCCUCCAGCCCGGACUUUACUGUGUGGUCCUGCUCUAAGUGCACACUGAAGAACCCAACCAGCCUCCCGAAAUGCAGCGCUUGUGGCUGCUCCAAACUGCACGGCUUUCAGGAGUACAGUCUAACAGAGCGAGGGGCCAGGUGUCUGGACUGUAAUGUGGAAAGGGGUCCCAACGGGACUACGUGCCCUGCGUGUGGAGGCAGGUCCUCGGCUGCACGCAAAGCCAUCAAGCUCUUCCCCGUCCAGCCCUCGUCCUCUCAAGAGAAGGCCAACGAGUGGUCCUGCCCGGCAUGCACCCUGCUGAAUGAUUUGAAGACCAAGCAUUGUGCCGCCUGUCAUACACCACAGCAGUACUUCACCCUGAGGAAAGGCUCCAAGCCGCUCAAGAGACGGGAGAGCAUCCUGGUGGAAGCUAGGAGGAAAACGGAUGAGGGGGAGGCCAAAGAGUUGUGGGAGAACAUAGUCAAGUUCUGCCAGGAGAACAACGUGAACUUUGUGGAUGACAGCUUCCCCCCAGGCCCCCAGUCUGUGGGGUUCCCGGAGGGCGACAGUGUACAGCAGAGAGUCAAGCAGUGGCUGAGACCCCACGAGAUCAGCUGCAACACCUUCAAAGAUCGUGGUGUGAAAUGGUCUGUGUUCAGGACCCCACGACCGUCAGACAUCUCUCAGGGAUUGCUCGGCAACUGCUGGUUUCUGAGUGCACUUGCUGUGCUGGCAGAGCGCCCUGAGCUGGUGGAGAGGGUAAUGAUCACACGCACCAUCUGCCAUGAGGGAGCUUACCAAGUUCGGUUGUGCAAAGAUGGGACCUGGAUAACUGUACUCGUGGAUGACAUGUUGCCCUGUGAUGAAUAUGGCUACUUGCUCUUCUCCCAGGCUCAGAGAAGGCAGCUGUGGGUUGCGCUGAUCGAGAAAGCCUUGGCUAAGCUACACGGCUCCUACUUUGCCCUGCAGGCCGGCCGGGCCAUUGAAGGGCUGGCCACACUGACUGGUGCUCCCUGCGAAAGUCUGAUGCUGCAGGUCAGCUCCACAAACCCGCGAGAGGAACCCAUCGACACUGACCUCAUUUGGGCCAAAAUGCUGAGCUCUAAGGAAGCUGGGUUCCUGAUGGGUGCUUCCUGUGGAGGUGGAAAUAUGAAGGUGGAUGAUACUGUGUACGAGACCAUGGGGCUGAGGCCACGUCACGCCUACUCCAUACUUGAUGUGCGGGACGUGCAAGGCUACAGGCUUCUAAGACUGCGGAAUCCAUGGGGCCGCUUCUCAUGGAAUGGGAACUGGUCGGACGACUGGCCACAUUGGCCACCACAUUUGCGGCACGAGCUAAUGGCACACGGGAGCAGUGAGGGCGUGUUCUGGAUGGAAUACAGCGACUUCAUCAAGUUUUUUGAUUCUGUGGACAUUUGUAAAAUUAACUCUGAUUGGCACGAGGUGCGCCUCCAGGGUAUGUUCCCCAAUAAAGCCAGCGGGCCAAUCACUGUGACUGCACUGACCGCACUGGAGCGCACUGCACUGGAAUUCCAGCUAUUCCAGGAGGGAAGCAGGCGCUCUGACACAUCCGACAGCCACUUGCUGGAUCUGUGCAUCAUGGUAUUCCGGGCAUCCUUCUCCAGUGGGAACAAGCUGUCACUGGGACGGCUGAUGGCACAUAGCAAGCGGGCGGUGAAGAAGUUUGUAGGCUGUGAUGUGAUGCUGGAGCCUGGGGAGUAUGCUGUGGUGUGCUGUGCGUUCAACCACUGGCAGAUGUCGAUGUCUGGAUUGCCUUCCCCAUCACUGUCACCAGCAACAGGUGUCUCAGGUGUCUCAAGUCCCACAAGCAGUGGACGCCCUAUACCCGAGUUCCCAGGACAUAUCCUGGCUGUGUACAGCUCCAAGCCUGUCAUGGUGGAACAGAUGGAUUCACAACCCACCACACUGGCCGAUGCCAUCAUUCUGCUGACUGAGGAUAAAGGAGAGCGACACGAGGGCCGUGAGGGCAUGACCUGUUACUACUUGACGCAUGGCUGGGCGGGGUUGAUCGUGGUGGUGGAGAAUCGCCACCCCAAGUACUUCCUGCAUGUGUCCUGUGACUGCUCUGACAGCUUCAACGUGGUAUCCACUCGCAGCAGCUUGAAAACCAUUGACAGCGUCCCACCAUUGCAUAGGCAAGUGCUGGUGGUCCUGUCACAGUUGGAAGGCAAUGCUGGCUUCUCGAUCACCCAUCGCCUGGCACAUCGCAAAGCAGGACAGGCCUCCCUGGGAGAAUGGUCGCCCACCAAAGGAACCCACAGCCCGGCCCUCACCCCUGAUGUUGCCGGUCUGCACAACCCCCGGCCUUUGUGAGAAGAGGAUCUUCUGCACAAUCUCUGCUGCUGACAAAACCCGCAGAAUGAAGGACGGUUCAACAUGCACCUCACAGAGCCAUAGGCCUGUAUUGCAGCUCCCAGCUCCUGUAUACACCUCCCAGCCACUUUAUCUAAAGCAAAAAGGCGAUGGACUUUUCCAUCCCAUACGUAAGAACAUAGUCAGAGGGGGAACCAACCAGCAUUGUUCCGUUCCCCCACGAUCAGCUCCCAUACCUCAGCCGGUUGGGUUUUUUCUCAUCAGUGUCCGCAAGAGGAGUGAGAAUACAGAGCCCGCCCUGAGAAGCUGGUGAGGGAUGGGAGGAAGGAGGAGCCUGUGACAGCCUGGGGGAAAUAGACUCCAGGAGAUGUGACAGCACUGGUGGUCAGCUGUUAAUGUGGCUCAGGCUCCGUGUAUUGCCAUCCUCUUCUGCCAUUGUUCACUCACCAGGUGAGAAUGGAUCAAGAGUCUGCUUCCCACCGAGGGAUCCUGGAAAAUCCCACUUAGUAACCCAUCCCGCACUCGCCCUUCACCUGAACUAAUCUGGAGACUCCACACAGUCCUCUUCUCCUCACCACCAAUGUGCCUCACAAUGCCAUGUGCACACAUGUGUGCGCGCCAUCAUGCACACGGGUGGAUCUAGUGCAAAAAAAAAAUACUAUUUUUAUUAUGCCACCUCAUAAUGGCUCUAAAUCUAAACCCUGUCUUCUGUCCUCUUUCCUCCAAACAAAUAUUUGUUCCCACCAUUUAAGACAUAAAUGCAAAAGACAAAACUAUUAUGUCUGCACUGCAGUAGGUUUUCAUCAAUCAAUAAUGGUGUUGAGAAGUUUCAGUAAGGGGAGUGUCUAAUUUGAGUUAUCGCCAACCAGUUACUUGUCUCGGUACGUGCCUGGUCUGACUGAGGUACGUACACUGCUGGACAGGUUGCUUUUUCCUUGCUGAUCUCGCCAUAGUAUUGUGAGCACCAAGUUUCUGUGCCAAAUAGCAAAAGCAAAAAUAAAAUCAGAGGUUCGCUGGUGCGCCAAACAUAUGAUUUUGUUGUGUUGCAGUUUAAGUUACGCAAUCGUAUUUGUUCCAUCGAAGUAGUGCAAUGCAGGUGGAGGAAUUUGUAUUGUUUUGCCUACAAAUAUACAGUCAAUUCACUUUACAGUAUAUGCUGUGAAGCGCUUUGAGACGUCUAGAAGACGUGAAAAGCACUAUAUCAAAUGCAAGGAUUAUUAUUAUGUCCAGCAGGGGGAAUAGCACUCUAGGGGCCCUCAGAAUGUGAAGGGUUUAGAUUAACAGCUUUAUCUUUUAAAAGAAGACUGUUGAGAUUUUUGUGGGGUCCCAGGAAAUAAACUUAACGACUGCAGCAAAGUCCUCCCAGAAUUGCCUCUGUCAGCAAGUGUCCGCUGUCAGCAUUGAGCUUUAAAGCCACUCGUCCAGCACAGUAAUCUAGUGAA